AUGCCUACUUGCCUUUCCUCUGACUCUGAGGCUGGACCCUCGCGGCUAUCACCAGACGAACUAUCACCGGACGAAACUUAUCGCAUAGCACAGCGUUCGCUGCAAGGCGAUUUAUCAUCUCUAUCAGGAUAUGACUCUUCUUCGGACUCUGACUCUUCAACCGUCUCCUCGGGAUCGUUUUACCUAGAACUAGGCAAAACCGCAAGCAUUGAGGAUGCUCGACGCCUCAUAGAAAACCACAACUAUUCGACCGAAAAACUCGUAAAUCAGGCUAGGCGAUUGGUCGAGACCUUCGAAACCUCGGAACCUGAACUCCGGACGGUGCCUACCUGGUUUUUACGAUUCAACGGCCGUCUAGAGGCCCUUUUUCGAGCCAUGCUCGAUACGGCGGAUGAAUGCGGAGGUCCAGCGGGACUGCGAUACGUUGUAAGUGCGAUAUGCGCUUGCCAAGUCGGGUCGAAGAGCAGCGAUAUACAAGCUACUAUCCGAGGGAUGACCGCCCUAGGGCUAACGUGGUUUGCACAUUUGCUUUGGCCUUUCAAAAUUUCGAGCUCAUACUCCUUACUGCCACCUGAUGCCCCCGACAACGUCGCCCCCCAAGCAAUUCCGACGAGAGGGGUACUGAUAUCCAUCUGUCUGAAGCCCCCCCUGUUAAUACUCCAGAAAGUGUUGCUACGGCAAAACUACCGUUGCGCCCUAACUGGCACCCCCAAAAUUGAUAGCGGGACCCCUGGCUGCAGGCUUGAGAUCGCCCACGUUCUCAAGCGGUCAGUAUGCCAAUUCCAAACCAGCAAGACCGAUUUAACCCCCCAUUACUCCGGGAGAGUCACAUGGGACAUACUAUGA